GUUGCCGGGGAAACGCGUCGCGCGGGCGGAAGCACGCGAAAGAAGGAUCGCCCCCUGGGGCUCCCCUGAGCGUUAUGAACAGCCGAAGUGACCGGCCCGUUCCUUUGCCUCGGACAGCAACCAAGGUUGGAAAGCCCAAACUGAAGGACGCUGCAAGCAAUCAUCUGCCUCUGUGUUCGGCAUAUCAUGAUAAUUGGCUGCUUAGAGAAGAUGAGCACAACAAUGAACAUUACAUCCUCCAGAAGAACGUGAAUGACUACAAGAAACCAAUACGAACAGCUUAUAGAAGAAGGAAAGAACAAAUGUUUUGAUGAAAGACGGACCAGUUUUUUAAAGGCUCAGGCACUACAACUGGAAAGGCAGGUGGUGCUGCUUACAGAAGGAUUAAAUUCCCGAGCUGUUUUUAUGUUGGAGUUAAACACAUCUUUAGAAGCUGUUAUUGACAAAGUUAGCUCUUUCCUUAGCACUGAAGGAACUGCAUCAAAAGCAAUCAUUCCACAUCCAGAACUUCUUCAAAUAAUUGAGAUGUGCCAGACAAUGAGGUACAAACUGCAGAGACAUCAGCAGGUUUCUGAUCUGUCAAAACUUGCAUUGCCUUGGACACUUGGAGGGAAUCUUACUGUCCAGCCGAUAACCCUUUUGGAUGUUUGUUAUGGCAAAAUAGAGAAUUUAAAUCUUAGAUACGUGAGUGCUCUUGAAGGAAAACUGAGCAAAUUGUGGAGACACCUGCUUGCCAUGAGGCAAAAUUUGAGUUUUUUGCUUGCCCCAGGACAAGCGUCCUCUGAAGUAGCUCUUCAGAUUCUACCAACUGUUGUUUAUGCUCGCCUGAUAAAUCAAGUAGUUCAGUGUCAUCAGUCUGUGGAGGAAUGUUGCAAUGAUUUGCUCACUUUGACACUUCUAAUACCUUCAGCUCCUUGGGACGUUUUAGAAAAUUCUUUGAACCAGGAGUUCACUGUGGAGAAUGUGCUUUCAAUACUUCCAGCAUUUCCCAAGGGUGCCCCUCAGCAGCGGGCUAAAAGAGCAGUAGACGCCUUAGUAAAGGCUCAGAAUUAUUCCAGGCAAAUGUCCAUGCAGCAGAUACUUGCUUUGCAAGCUGAACUAAAUUUCCACAGAAAAUUAUAUAAUCUUCAGGUCACAUAUAUUGAAGCUGUAUUUGAUGGGAUAAAGCAAGCAUACCACACAUUUCAAGAUAAUGUUGCUAUGGUUCUUUGUUCCCCGCUGCAAGAUGUUUUUUCUUCUUACACAAAACUUAAAACUGGAGCAUCAGAAGAUGCUUUGAGAGACUUUCUCAUUGCUUUUAAAAACAAUGCUGAACAAAUCCAAUAUGCUAUUGAAACUUUGGCUCCAUCAGCAAGUCAGCAGCGAGAAGGUGAUGAAGCCCUGUCAAGAUUUGGAAAAGAGUUCUUUCUAUCUUUAGAGCAGUCACUCAAAGCCUGUGGAGAACAACGGGAUAAAGCAGCCAACGAAAUGGGAAUCUUACAGAUGGAACUGGAUCAGGCUUUAGAAAAACUUCGGAAUUUAAGGGAACAAAAGAUGAAAAAAACAGGGACCAUUCAACAUUUUCCUAAUCAUGAAGAAAUUUCAACAACAAGUUGCUUGAAUGUAGUUUCCCAAAAGUCUGAACCUAAUUUCCCAUCUAAUUUUCCUCCAACCAGACUUGACCCUUUGCUAAAACAAGCUUCUGUGGCAGAGAAAGAACCUACCAAUUUGCUCCCCAAGCAGAGACUGGGAAGUUCUGAUGAUACAGUUAUUCAGCAAAAGGGAAAAGCCCUUCAUAGGAGCAAGAGUAUGAAGGCCACUGAAAGGGCAGCAUGGCAAGAUUAGAUCCUUUCGCAUUUGUUAUAGUUUGUAUAGGGAAGCUCUGUGGUACGAAAAUGAAUGAGUGGGGGUCAGCUGUUGCCUUUCCAGCAUCUUCUCGGUGUCACUUUAAUGAUUAUGUAAAACGGUUUGGGAAAUGGGAAACAUUGGCUAUGUUAAAGCAAUUCUCACAUUAACGGCAAAAGACAUAGCAAUGUGCUCAAACAUCACGUAUCUCUGAAGAUAUGUAAAAGCAUUAAGUUAAAUCUCUGAAAUGUGAUUGAUUCAGACUGCUUCCUUAAAACUUGCCAGAGCCAAGUUUUACUUCCCAUACAUAUUUAUGGAAUAUUAUAAUAUAUAAUGUGUGUGUGUUUAAGGAUAAAUGUGUACACACACACACUCUCUCUUUUCAUAUAUAAUUUCAUCUCACAAUUUUUCAAGAAUUUUCAGAAGUGUAUUUUAAGUAACAAAGAAACAGCUACUGGAUUAUUAGUAUUAAUCUUUGUUAGAUAUAAUGUAUAUAUGUAAGAAGAUACAAACCAUGUAAUCACUUGGAAGGGAAAUGAAUACCCACAAUAAAAGGUUUUUUGCUGUGUA